AUGAGUCUAAUGGAUAUUAUCCCGUGUGGCAACCACCCCCGCUUUAUUGCAGCUCGGUCUAUCUCAUCUACCCCGAACUACCAGAAGGGUCCUAUCGAUGUGGGAAAGGACACUUUGAAGAAGGCCGAUGAGCUAGCCGCUAAGGCUGCAAUUAAGGGCAUUGACGUUGGAGAAAAAGCUGCAGGCAAGAUUAAGGAAACUAUCGGCUCCAACAAGGGCGAGGUCAAGGGAAAGGCCAAUGAGGCCGCUGGUGAAGUAAAGGGAAAGGCACAUGAAGUCGCUGGUAAGGCUAAGGAGGCCGCCGGUGAAGUCAAGGGAAAGGCUAAGGAGGCUAAGCAUGAACACCUCGAUUAA